UCGGGAGUGACGCUUCUGGGCCGCGGAGCACUGUGGGAGGAGGCUGUCUCUAAUUUCUCCUCUCCCCCUCCCCCCUCCGGCCAAGAUGUCUGACAUGGAGGAUGAUUUCAUGUGCGAUGAUGAGGAGGACUACGACCUGGAAUACUCUGAAGACAGUAACUCUGAGCCCAACGUGGAUUUGGAAAAUCAGUACUAUAAUUCCAAAGCACUGAAAGAAGAUGACCCGAAAGCAGCACUAAGCAGCUUCCAAAAGGUUUUGGAACUCGAAGGUGAGAAGGGAGAAUGGGGAUUCAAAGCGCUAAAACAGAUGAUCAAGAUUAACUUCAAGCUGACAAACUUUCCAGAAAUGAUGAACAGAUAUAAGCAACUAUUGACCUAUAUUCGGAGUGCAGUCACCAGGAACUACUCUGAAAAGUCUAUUAACUCUAUCCUUGACUAUAUCUCCACUUCUAAACAGAAUUCUGAUUUUUUAUGUCAGAUGGAUUUACUGCAGGAAUUUUAUGAAACAACACUGGAAGCUUUGAAAGAUGCUAAGAAUGAUAGACUGUGGUUUAAGACAAACACAAAGCUUGGAAAAUUAUAUUUAGAACGAGAAGAAUAUGGAAAGCUUCAAAAAAUUUUACGCCAGUUACAUCAGUCUUGUCAGACUGAUGAUGGAGAAGAUGACCUGAAAAAAGGUACCCAGUUAUUAGAAAUCUAUGCUUUGGAAAUUCAAAUGUACACGGCACAGAAGAACAACAAAAAGCUUAAAGCGCUCUAUGAGCAAUCACUUCAUAUCAAGUCUGCCAUCCCUCACCCACUGAUCAUGGGUGUCAUCAGAGAAUGUGGUGGUAAGAUGCACUUGAGAGAAGGUGAAUUUGAAAAGGCACACACUGAUUUUUUUGAAGCUUUCAAGAAUUAUGAUGAAUCAGGAAGCCCAAGACGAACCACUUGUUUAAAAUAUUUGGUCUUAGCAAAUAUGCUAAUGAAAUCAGGAAUAAAUCCAUUUGACUCGCAAGAGGCCAAGCCGUAUAAAAAUGAUCCAGAAAUUCUAGCAAUGACAAAUUUAGUAAGUGCCUAUCAGAACAAUGACAUCACCGAGUUUGAAAAGAUUCUGAAAACAAAUCACAGCAACAUCAUGGAUGAUCCUUUCAUAAGAGAACACAUUGAAGAGCUUUUACGAAACAUCAGAACACAAGUCCUCAUAAAGUUAAUUAAGCCUUACACAAGAAUACAUAUUCCUUUUAUUUCUAAGGAGCUAAACAUAGACGUAGCUGAUGUGGAAAGCUUGCUGGUGCAGUGCAUACUGGAUAAAUAUGGUCUCUGACUAGACUGGGGUUACUGUGGAGACCAGGCUGUUCACCUCUGUCUCUUAAGUGCUAGGAUUAAAGAUAAGUACCUGCAUGUCCAGCCUAUAAGGUGAAAGCCAUCUGUCACAAGGCAGUCUUGAUGUUAUUAAUCGAAGUUUGCUUUGAAAGCAUGGCAGGUAGCAUUAACUUUCAUGACAUAGGUGUCUGGUGGAAAAUGGCAUCUGAGCUGAGAUCUGGUGCCUUAAAAAUAGAAUAAUAAAUGUUCCAGCUGACACUAAAGUCACUUGGUACCAGUAGGCAGGGCGGGUUUGGGUUUGGGUUUUAUGUUGGUGUUUGGUGGGGGUGGGGGUGGGGGUGGGGUCUGUUCUGUGAAUGUGCUUAGCAGAGAUUACUGGAGACAUUGCUUUCUUAUUUGGUUCCAGCACUAUUCAUGGCCGAAUUGAUCAAGUCAACCAGCUCCUUGAACUGGAUCAUCAGAAGAGGGGCGGUGCCCGAUAUACUGCACUAGAUAAAUGGACCAACCAACUAAACUCUCUGAACCAGGCUGUGGUCAGUAAACUGGCUUAACGGAGAGCAAGCUUUGCAGACGUGCUUAUGGCAACAGUGCAGAGAUGCAAUCCUUGCGGACUGGAAAGGCAGAACUCCUGUGGGUUGGUGUAUCCUGAAAGUGACUGGAGUUAUGGCAGAAGGGCUUUUUUGAUCAACUGGUUUGUGUAUUGCUGCUGCAUUUAUCCCAAGAAAAACAGCUUUAAUCUCCAGAAGAAAACCAAAACACCAUGGGAUUUAUGCUGUGUUGACACCUUGCCCUAAACAUACAACACCAUAGUAAUUUGUCAUGGGCAACAUGACCAGAGAGAUUUUUGUCAUGAUUUUAAAUACACUGACACGCUACUGUUGGUUAAAUUUAAACAUGUUGUACCUGCAGAAAUUCUCUCACAAAUAACCUGCAAUAACUUGAAAUUCAUACCCUUUUGAACACUUCCUUUUCUCAUGUAUAAAUGAAAAUGUUUGCUGCAUUUUGCAAAAUGUCAAUUCUCCAAAACUGUGUCCGUCUACUUCUGUACUUGCAGCUAGUGAAGGUUAGAUGACCCGUGCCCUCUGUGGUACACUGUCACCUAGGGCUCAAGCAGCAAAAUAAACAGUGCAGCUCAGAAAUUGUAGCUUGGUUCUUGAUGUGUUUUUAUUACAUUCGGGGUUAAUCUUUUGUUUUUAGUAUCUUACAAUUUUCAGGUUAUUUUGUCUUCAGUUAAGAUUUAAAAGCCUGAGAGCAAAUAAGAAAAGCUAGUUCUUUGCUUUCAGGUUUUUAAAAUUACUGUUUAUUGAUAAAGUAAGGACUACUUUCAGGCAGAGCCCUUACAUAGCACUUGUUUUGACAGUGAUAGUUUAAAGGAUUACGAUUCUUUUUUUAAAAAAAGAAUGAUAAUUUUCUUUUUAAAAGAGUAUGUAUUAACUCUCAGAAUGUCACUUUAAACAAAUAUGCCAGAACAUAGACAGCGAAGUGAAUGUUACCUGCAUAGUGACCAUGCUGAAAGGUUAUUUUCUAACGCCAGCAACGAACCAUUGCCCAAAGCCUCUUGGGUUUGCUCUUUGAGAAUUACAGUCAAAGUUAAUUUAGGUGACGUGCUACUAACUUUAUGUUUAUACCUUGUUUGAAAAGAGUAUUAACAGACUUGUCCGUCUUUGCCCUAAUUUGGCCCCAAAUACCAGUUUCAGGGGAAAAAAAAAAAGCUAAAUUUAGAUAAUGUAGAAAGUAUGUAUCUGGCUUUGAAAACAAUCCCAGAAUAAUUUUCAAGUAUUUUGUGCAGUGGCAGCAUAGUUAAGAAUGAACUCUAUGGCCUUUGAUAGUGGCAGAACUCAGCUCAUUUGAAUGUAUUGAGUUUUGGAUGUAUUUGGUUUUUUUAAGUUCACAUCGUAUAGUGUCAAAAGAAAGAACUAAGAUUACCAUAAUGUCCUUGGUUUUCUGUUGCUCAUUAUUAUGUAAAGAGUUGAGUGGCAGUGCAGAAGGAGGACUGUGUGACUGAAGAGUGGCAACCAAGAAUUUUGAUCAUUAAAUCAGAUUUUAUAAACAGUAGAAAGAGCAUGGACUUAAAACAAGGCAUGCUUAUUUGGUUUUGUCAAAAUUUUACGAAAAUAUGUGAUAUAUAUUUAUACUAAAACUAUAUAAUCCUUAGAUUUAGGAAAGCAGUCAGUUAAUGUCUAGCAGAAUAAAGCAGUAUUAAAUACAGAUAUACGUUGGAAACUGUAGAAAACUGAAAGAAGACGAAAGACGAAAUGUCAAUGGUAGGGAAUAAAACAUUUAAGAUAUUAUGAAA